AUGGCAGAGGUGGGAGUGUCGUUAGCGGCAAAACUUGCUGAAUAUCUAGUGGAUCCAACUUUACGGCGGUUGCAGUAUUUGUUCUGUGUCGGCAAAAUCACCAAAAACGUUCAGAUCAGAAAGGAGGAGCUGAUACUCAAGCAAGGAAGGGUACAGGAACGUGUUCAAGAGGCCAUCAACAGGACUGAGUGGAUUGACGGUGAGGUUGACAGGUGGAAGAAUGAUGUAAAGAGUCUCAUAGCAGAGGUGGAGGAAUUGGAGGACGAACUAGGGGCCAACAAUGGCUGUCAUGGACAAUGGUAUCCUACUUGGAGGAGAUAUGAUCUCUGCAAAAAGUUGGCUAAGACAACCCAGAGGAUGAUUGAUCUAAACACAAAGAGUGAUCGCUUCAAUCCAUUUUCUCACCCUGUUAUUAUUCCAGGUAUAGAAUAUCACUCUUCUAAAGGUUUUAUGUUCUUUGAGUCAACGAAAAAAGCACAUGAUGAACUAUGGGCAGCGUUGCAAGAUGAUGAUAGCUCUAUGAUCGGAUUGUGGGGUAUGGGCGGUUCAGGCAAAACCACAUUGGUAAAGGAAGUAGGAAAGAAAGCCAAAGCAUCAAAGCUAUUUGAUCAAGUAAUAAUUACAACAGUUUCUCAAACUCCAAAUAUUUGGAAGAUCCAAGGUGAAAUUGCAGACUUGUUGGGACUCAAGCCGGAGGAAGAAACUGAAGCGGGAAGGGCAAGAAGAAUUGCAUUGAAAUUACAAAGUUCAAACAAUCGAAUUUUGAUUGUACUAGAUGAUGUAUGGGAUAUGCUGGACCUUGAGAAUAUAGGGAAUCCCUAUAGGGACGAAGGUCCAAGAAACUGUAAACUUCUUCUUACCACACGUCGUCAAGAGGUGUGUACUAUGAUGGAUUGCCAGAAAACAAUUUCCCUGGGUUUGUUAACAGAAGGUGAAGCUUGGGAUCUAUUUCAAACUCAUGGUAGAGUAGAUGAUGGUGUAAGAAAAGUGGCUCAAGAAGUUGUCGCUGAAUGUAGGGGAUUACCCAUUGCAAUUGUGGCCAUGGGGAAGUGCUUAAGAAGAAAAGGACUUGAUGAGAUGAAUGUAGCAUUGCAUAGAUUGAGACAUUCAAAGCCACUUGAUGAGGAUAAAGCCUUUACUAUUCUCAAGUUAAGCUAUGAUUACUUGAAAAAUGCAGAGGCUAAGUUGUUGUUCUUGGUAUGUGCCAUGUUUCCUGAAGAUCAUGAAAUCGAAAUUGAAGAUCUUUUUAGAUAUGGAGUUGGAUUGGGCCUAUGCAAAGAUGCUGACUCAUUUGAAAUAGCAAGGAGCCAAGUUAGAGCAGCUAUAAAUGUUCUCGUUGACUCUUCAUUGUUGAUGUUUUCUGUCAACUCCAGAGAAGAAAAAUGUGUGAAAAUGCAUGACAUAGUUCGUGAUGUAGCUUUAUGGGUAGCAACUCAAGAGAAUAGUACCAUUAUGGUAAACAAUGGAAAAGAAUGGAAUAAAUUGAUUUCUGAUGAAGUUAUAAAAGAUUGCUAUGCUAUAUCUUCAUGGUAUGAUGAUAGUAUAUUAUUUCAAUUUUUGUCUCAACUGGGUGCUCCAAAACUUGAGUUUCUAUUAUUAGAUUCUGUGAAACUUGUUGAUACAUUACAUGCAUCAUUUGAAGGCUCUACAGGACUCAAGGCAUUGAUUAUGAUGUGCAAGUAUUUCGAUAGGAUUGAGCUACAACCUCAAUCAAUUCAACACUUGUCUAAUCUUCGGACUUUGCGAUUGCAAGGUUGGAAUUUAUGUGACAUCUCUUUUGUGGUAAGCCUUACAAGACUUGAAAUUCUUGACUUGCAAAGAAGUAUGUUUGAAAGAUUGCCAAAUGGAAUUGAAAAUUUAAACAAGCUGAAGUUGUUAGAUUUGUCAGAUUGUUACAUAGGUGAAUGUUGUUGCAAAGUAAUAGGAAGAUGCUCACAGUUAGAAGAGUUGUAUGUUACCAUGCAUUGUCCACAGUCAAAAAUUGCAAAAUGCUAUGAAUGCCUUAUGGCCCCUACUGCUUUGAUUAAACUGAGAAGGUAUAGGAUAGGAAUUGGGGAGCAUAAAUUGAUGUCUCAAAAGGAAAGUGCAAGAUAUUUACGCUUGGUUCAGUUAAAUAUCGCCAUGUUAGGUGUAGGAAUCAAGGAUCUUGCACAAAGAGCAACUACAAUUAAAUUUCAUGAGCUUGAGGGAGGCAGCAGAAGUUUCAUGCCUAAUGUUGUUCAAGCUAUCGGAGCCAUGAAUGAGUUAACUAAGCUCUGUCUUAGAAGGUGUUCAGAGAUGGAAUGCAUUGUUGACAAAAUUAAUACUCAUGAAGAUGCGAUUUCCCCAAGAUUGGAUGAGUUAGUGCUAAAAGAUAUGGAUAAUCUUCAACAACUACAUCGUGGUCUUUCUUCUUUUAGCUUGUUCCAAAAGCUAGAAACACUACAUAUAUCCAAUUGCCCUCAGUUGCUCCAUAUAUUCCCCGCUGAUUGCAACAUAGGCAAUCUUAAGUUUCUCAAUAUUUUUGGUUGUCCGAGGUUGACAUCUCUCUUCCCUGUCUCUGCUGUGUGCACUCUGCUGUCCUUACAAGAGCUCCAAAUAGAAAGGUGCAAUGAACUGAAGCAUGUAAUAGAAGGAGAGGGUGGUGGUGAUGCAUUGGAAAGACUAUGUAUAUCCAAUUGCCCUCAGUUGCUCCAUAUAUUCCCUGCUGAUUGCAACUUAGGCAAUCUUAAGUUUCUCAAUAUUUUUGGUUGUCCGAAGUUAAGAUCUCUCUUCCCUGUCUCUGUUGUGUGCACUCUAUUGUCAUUACGAGAGCUCCGAAUACAAAGUUGCAGUGAACUGAAGCAUGUUUUAGAGGGAGAGAGUGAUGGUGAUGCAUGGGAGAAUUUGAGCUUCCCAAAAUUGAAAAUUUUGUCUGUUGGUGAUUGCUGCAAAUUAGAAUCUGUAUGCUCAGUCUUUUUAGCUCAAAGGUUUGUACAAUUGCAGCGUCUAUCCAUAACAAAUGCUCCUCAAAUGAAAUUUGUGUUCGGUGAAAAUGCUGAUGAAGAACAACCACUGCGUGAUCAAGAUGAGACUCAAAUAGCUCUUUCUCUUUUGGAAUACCUCACACUAACAAAUCUUCCAAACCUUGUUGGAAUUUGCUCAGAGAGGUAUCAUCUAAGGGGGCCAUCUAUAAAGACAAUAGAAUGGAAGGAUUGUCCAAAUCUGGAAUUUGAGAGCCACCAGAGGAAUGAAGAACACGAGUCGUUGGCAACUAUAGAACGUAUUCAACUUCAUAACUGCGGAGUAGAAUCCAUUUCCCUCUAUAAGACGCGCGUUGAAGAACAAUAUCCAACAUUUCAAUCCCUUAAAACACCUAGACUUGGAUAA